AUGCCCUCAAAGGAAAAAUCCUCUUCUCGCUCUUCAUCCUCAUCCAAGAAGAAGAAGAAGAAAUCAGAAUCUAAAAAUAGUGCUCCAUCCAAUGAUCCUUCUUCUCAGAAUAUACAAUCAAAUCAAAAUCUUGUCACUGCUCAACAAAAUUAUGACAUACACAAAUUUAAUUUCAUGACCACUCUCAAUAUUAAUAAUCAUGUGUAUGACAAGCAACUGACAGAACUUCAAUUUAUCAUCAAUUCGAAAUUAAUUCCAACCAAACAGUCAUUACUCUCUCAACUUUACAAAAUUCAAAGCAAAAUGACAAUGGUCAAAAAAGCGAAAGAUAAACUUUUGAAUGAAUACAAAAUCCAAAUGGAGACAUUGUUCAAUAAUUUGAACAUGCAAGAGUCCAACAAAAUGUUAAUAUUGAAACAAGAUGAAACUAGUGUUUUAAAUCAAUUACAAACAAUUCAAAAUUUUGUCAACCGAGUUGGAAAUGAGCUCUCUUCAGGAAAAGAGAAUAUUCCUGUGGCGACUGACUUUUCUUCUUUUAAUGAUAUUUCAAGUUUAUUGGAGAAGCAAAUUAUUUAUCAGAUAAACAUUUACCACUCUCGGUAG